AAGUAUUUGAUGGAUCAAAAACAAAGGAAUGGCAAAACCGGUAGUAAAUUAAAAGAGGAGUUUGGAGAUAGAGAGACAGAUAGAUAAUAAAACUUGUGUCCAUGGCUUCUCUUGUAUCCUUCUCUCUCCUCAAAGCUUCUGCUUCAACUCCAACCACAGUCAUCUCUCCUCCUCCUUCUCCUACUUUAGAAACUCUUGACCAGAGAUUUGGUCGGAAAGGGAUAAAAUUCUCAGAAUCCGGUGACAUUCCGACGACGGUUGAGCUGACAGUUAGGAAUGGAAGCUCACUGAAGCUUCAGAUAUCAAAUGGUCAUAUAUCUUCAUACAGGCCUAAGGUGUACUGGAAAGACGAUGGAUAUGAGGAGGUCCUUCACACACUUGCUGGUUCAAGAGGUGGAGUUGGUUUGGUCAUUAAUGAACUCUCUCAACAAACAAAUUCCAAAGCCCCUUCUGCUUCUGCUGAAUGGACUGUCAAAGAUGUUGAUUCUGAUUCCAUUGAUGCUCUACAGGUUGAAUUGGGGUGCAUGAGAGGAAGUUUGGAUAUAUCAUAUGUGGUGUCGCUUUAUCCACUGAGCAUGGCGACAGCAGUGAUAGUGAAGAACAAUGGUCGCAAGGCUGUGAAUAUAAGCAGCGCCAUACUUAGCCAUUUCAAUUUUAAGAAGAAUAGAAGUGGUAGCGGAGUUCAAGGAUUGAGAGGCUGCUCUUACUGCACAAACCCUCCUCCUUCAUCCCCUUUUGAAAUACUAUCCCCAUCGGAAUCUAUCAAGUCCGAGGAUUCACCUGGCUUCUUCUCCUUUGGUUGGGAGCCCGAAACCAAGCCCGGAGUUUGGACUGUGCAAGAUGUCCCUAUUACCGUCUUGAAGAAUAAGCUCAGCAGAGUUUACUCUGCCUCUCCCGCUGAACGCUCUAAAGACUUUCACAGAAGCGCUCCUUCCAAGUAUGAAGUCAUAGAUCAGGGGCGCGGACUCUUCUAUCGGGUGAUAAGAAUGGGUUUUGAGGAGAUAUACUUGUCAAGCCCUGGUUUGUAUUCCGAUAAGUAUGGGGAGGACUACUUUAUAUGUACAGGACCCGCUUCAAUAUUGGUUCCGGUGACAGUGAACCCUGGUGAAGAAUGGAGAGGGGCACAAGUCAUUGAGCAUGAUAAUUUGUGAUCAAUUUCCUAAUUCUUCUAUCUAUAUGCACUAAUCAUUUGCAGUUAUGUACAUAGUGAAAGGAGAAACACUACACAAUACUAUUGAGUAUGUGUCAUCGUUUUUAUAUCAUCUCUUGUUAUGUAAUACUCCCUUGCUAUGGCAUUGAAUAAACAAAGACGAUGUCCUUACAUUUAUUUA